CACAGAUCUCACAAAUCACCAGUACCUGUGAUAAACCAUGAGCCAGAUUAUUUACCCAGUUCUAGUAGAUCUAAUCACUCUCAAGGCAGAUCUACAUCACCAAUGUCUACUGUUACCAACCGAACGUAUAGCUGUAGCAGCCAAAGGAUGCCUACAGUAAUAAAUAGAGAAUAUUUAGAUAAUAGAACUUUAGAACCACCAAGUAAAAGUAGUAUAACAAAGACAGAUCUUACCCCUACUGAAAUAAGAAAGCCUGAUGGUUCUAAAGAACUUAGAUUCCCUAAUGGCAAUGUAAAACAUCUGUCUGCUGAUGGCAAAUAUUCUAAGUUUGUGUAUUACAAUGGGGAUGUAAAGGAAAACUUCUACAAUGAAGGAAGGAUAAAGUAUUACUAUGCUGAAACAAAAACUUAUCAUACAACUCAUCCUGAUGGAUUGGAAGUUUUGGAGUUUCCUGAUGGCCAAGUAGAGAAGCGCUACAAAGACGGUUCCUCCGAGAUCCGUCUACCAAACGGUACCGUCCGCUACUACGACCCGAAGAACCCUCACGUUCGCGAAGAAUGGCGGUUCCCAGAUGGCGCCACUCUCACUGCCUCUGCGUCGGGCGAACGUCGUGUGGUCUUCCCUAAUGGGCAAGUCGAAGUCCACACUAAGGACCAUAAGCGUCGCGAGUUCCCCGACGGCACAGUGAAGUUGGUAUACAAUGACGGCACGGCAGAAACCCGGUACGCUCUGGCCGGGUCCGCAUCAAGGACAAACACGGGAACCUCAUCAUGGACUCCGUGCCGAGCUGAUUGGGACUUAGGUAGGCCUUAUAAAGUGAAAGAUUGGGCGUCAGAAACUUUUCAACAGAAGUCGCCGCCGCUGCUGAGAUCAUUUUAAACUUUAUCUACAUAUUUAAAGACUAGUAGAUAUUACUAGACUAACUCAACCAAGUCGCGCGGCGCCGCGAGUGGCCGCGCGACUAAAAAAGUUUAAAAUUAUUUCACACUAAACUGCUCGCCGCGUCGCUGGCAUUCCGGUGUGAACCGACCCUAAGGCUUUGGUCCCACCGCGAGCUAAUAAGCUAUGAUCUAUCGGCUAUAAAAACGAACAAAAGAUAGCACUCCCGUGCAAAUAGAAGAGACACGGCGAGAGGGGAUACUCCUAGCAUCAAGGGUGCACAAGGUAUCCUGUAGCCACAAUCUGUUUGCAUCAAUCACGAUUGACGGACUAACGAACUCAGGGUACGUAGCCGAAUGGCACAAACGCUCACGAAACGAAACGCUCGUAGAUAUCUAUCUCUAUCGCUCUUGCGUAGUGGUGUGACAGAACCACACUACUAUUCACGGCGUUUAAGAAAUGCCAUUCGGCUACGACACCAGGAGUGAAAGUUCAUGCAAUAGGAUAUACUGAACGCUUUAGUGACAGAUUGAUUUAGCCAUUUGGUGCAAUGCAACACUCGUCAACUCUAUUGAACUUUUUCACGGUAACAUACAUACACUCACACCUGUUUCUCAAAGGGGUAGGAAGAGAUCCCGGAUUUCCAUUUGUUACGAUCCUGACGGUAACACAUAGUUCGAUUAUUAGGGCCACCACAUCUAGCGUCUCGCGAGCGUAGUGUCGGGCCAACUGUAUUAUGGCAAAGCAUGCUAGAUGUGGGAGGGCCCUUAGGAAUACCGGUGGACGUAAUAAUGUGCAACUUGUCAGAGACGUUGGUGUCAUGAAGUAGUAAACUCAUUAGGCCAAAGCACAUUUUGCCUCGUGGUAAUUAACUUGUAUAAAAUGAAGUUCAAUUAAUUUGAAAUAGAUUAGUCUCAUUUCUUUUAUAUGUUAUUUAGGCUAUGACACGGAAUUAUACAAAAUUUGGUUAAAUGAGAGCUGAUGCAAUAAUGUGUUAUAAUUUCUAAGAUUCAUCAGAAUAUCGUCACUACUUUAAAAAAUCUCGUAUCUCACGCUGUUCCUCAAAGUUGAAACGCAGUAAGUCUAUAGACUUGCAUAAUAUAUGCAUUCCAUACAUACUUACUACAAUUUUCUUUUCAUUGACAGACGAAGAUACAAGUUUUUUAAAAAGUAGUGACGAUAAUAUUAUGUAAAGCUACUUUGAAUUUGUAUGAUAUGAAUAAAAUUUGAUUUCACAUUUAAUUUGUAUAUAACGCUGGCGUAUUAAAUAAUGUUUUGUUCAAUAAAUAAAGACGUUAUCCCUUGCCAGAUAAAAAUGUGCCAAUGUAUAUGUUUUGCAGAUUUUAAUAUAUAUUUUAUACCUAAGCCAAGAUGUACAAUUAAAAACGCUUGUUUA